AACAAUGAAACGAUUUCGCUUUGUAUUUAGAAACAAUUUUGGCCUCACUACGUCUGUCGACCAUAUUUAAAUUCCGCUAAAUCUGACCAAUAGCGAAUACGGCUUCUGUUAAACUUCUCGUAAGCCGGCGAGGAGUUGAGAUUGAGGUGAGCGUGGUCGAGUUCACUUCCGUUUUCGAACUCGACGUCAUCUGCACUCAAAGACCGUGUGUUUUGUGUUUCUUUGGAGCCAUAAUGAUUCUUGCUAAUUUAACAUUUCGACCGGGAAAUUUGGAGUUGGGUUUCUUUAAUUAUUAAAAAAUAAAAACCUAUUAAACACAACUUAAUACCGUUGGCUCUAGAAAUAACUAUAAAAAAAUAGUAAUACCAUAAUAUAAACAUCUUAAGCACAAACUGAUUAUAUAUAUAUAUAAAUCUGUAAUUGAAAAGAAUUGUUGAUACAAUGGGUAUUCAAGACCUGCAAGCGUUUUUGGAUAAUAGCUCCAUUCAAGGAGGUUCAGUACCAGUGGAUCUGCUAAAAAUUGCUCGAAACAUUUCACAGAGACAGCGUAAUCGCAUUGGCAAAGGUCAACAACAUUCUCUAGCUAAGCUUAGAUUAGUUCUUGAUGGAGAAUGUUGUUUAGAUCGAUUGUAUGGUGGAUACUUCUCAGAUUGGGCUUGUGGCGGACAAUGGAAUCGCAUGGUACAAUUCCUUGCUGUUCUCACUCAAGCAACCGAGUUAGCUGGAGUGGAGCUAGCUGUGUUCUUUAAUGGUUGUCUUGAAUCUCCUCGCCGUGCUGAAUGGAUCCAGAAUCAGCUAAAAGUGCGAGUUAAAGUAAAUAAUGUUCUAAAACAUAUUACGACCAAAGGUACACCACCACCAAAGAUUUGGUGGACUCCACCAGUAUGUUUGCGUACCAGCUUACGCAUGGCUCUCAGGCAUCUCAGUGUGACAGUGCUGUGUAGUAUGGAUGACCACCAUCAAGAAGUAAUCGCUUAUUGCCGAGAAAAUAAUUUCAAUGGCCUGAUUGCUGAUGAUGCUGAGUAUGCCGCCUUUGAUCCACCUAGAUACUUUUCAUCUGAACAAUUAAAACUUACAUACAAGGGUUCAUUGGAGACGAAAGAGUAUAUCAUCCCUGAAUUUAUAAAGGCCUUGAAUAUCCCAUCUGAUAGGUUGUGCACACUUGCUGCUCUUCUUGGAAAUUACAUUCUCACAGAAAAUGACUUAACUGACUUCUAUAAAAAACUCAAUAUUAACACAAACUCAAAUAAAACCACAAUCGAACAAAUGAUUAGGGCGAUUGCCGCUUUCGUAAAAGAUCUUCCAUCAGUCGAAUUAGAUGUCGUUGCGCAAAAAGUAUUUGGUUCUCUUACCGAUCCCAGGUGUAGUAGAUUACGACAGUCGCUUCAAUACUACAUAAAUGGAACGAAGGAAGGAUUUUUACAUUACAAACCCGUUAAGCCAACGAAAGGUAUUUCAGCUCACAAGUCUGAAUCCAAGCAAACUGCGCCGAUUCAAUCCAAUGUAACUGAGCCUCCACCAACAUCGGAAGAGGACACAAAUCUAGAAACUUCGCGUUUUGCCUCGGAAACUGUUGAGAGUGAACGUGAAAGCCUUAACGCCUACAAACAAGCUACGGCCAAUGCAAAAAUUGCACCGCAAAUAGUCAUUGAACCGCCUGGUAUUCAAGGCCACGGAGAUGCCGACAAUACUCGCACGGAAGAGGAACAAAACAAUGGCCACGUGAUCAACGGUACUCACAAUCUUUUAAUAAGCUCUUCAAGUUCGAGCAGCAGCUCCUCGGCAACAUCUCCGUCUCAUGCAACGGUAGAUGUUGCGAAACCGUCAGAAAAAACAAAUAAUGUUCCAGCAACUGUUCCUGAAGUUAUGCGUACUGCCUCCGAGCGACAUCAGAAGGGCUUAAUGUCCCCCCACAUUUGUCAAAUCUUGAUUGCCGGAGAAUUAAAACUGCCGGUUCUCUUGGAGGACGAGAAUCAUCGUGAAUUUCCAUCCAUUCAUCUGAUUUACAGACCAGUCAGACAGAUGGUAUAUGCCAUUUUAUUUAAUCUGCAUCAUCGUUUAUACUUGGCCACAAAGAAUAAAGAAAAAGGUGACAAUGAAAAGGUUGAGGUUCCGGAUAUUGUGAUCAAGGAAUGGGUGUGGUCUAAAGCGAACCCAUAUCAAACACCUGAAAUCGUUAAAGCUGAACAAAUUGGUUGGGGAGUUCCUACAAUUCAACGUUUAUGGUUUGGUACUGGAAUAGAUGACAAACGCCGUCGUUUGAGAGGAUUCUUAACCUGUAUGAGAUCUGACACUCCGCUUAUGUUAAAUACAUCGUACGUGCCACAACACUUGCUGGUCAUGGCCUGUGUGUUAAGAUACAUCAUGUCUUUCUCCGACAAAAUAAAGAUAUUACGCCGUCAAGAGCUCGAUGCCUUCAUUGCACAAGCCUUCUCCCCAGAACUUAUGAAUGCCCAGUAUUUGCAGGAUUUACAGCUGCCUUUGGUUACAUCGCGUGGUGUUCAGCUCGCAACUCUCUUUAUGGCCGGUGUGGAAACUGCUCUCCUAGCAAAUGACGCGUGCGGUGCGCCUAUUCCUUGGCUAAUGUGCUGUCCAUGGCUUUAUUUCGAUGGCAAGCUUUUUCAUCACACUCUGGCGCGAGCAACCAUUGCGAAGAACCUAUUAGAAUUAUGCGGUGGACACAUUGAUCGUGUUGUCAAAGUAGAAAGAAUGAGGAAAGCAGUUCUAGAGGGAAUUAACAUCGUAUUUGCUCGUCCACCUUUGCCAGUGACUCCAGGUAUUCGAGUAUCCGUGCCGCAAAACAUCCUUCCCGCUGGAUGCAACAUCAACGAAACUAUUGUACGUGGUCGUGGAAGUGGCACUAUUCCUCCACGUGGUCUCAUGAGACGUCCAAUACCGACUCGUGGUGGACAAUUGGAAAUUGCUGGCGUUGUCGUAGGUCAGUGGGGACCUAAUUAUGGUCAACCCGGUAGACCACCACAACCCAUGCAAGGACAUCAUCAUCGUGGCCGACUUCCACCUCAGGUAACUUCAAUAGGCGCUCUAAAGUACGAUCUUCCUCGUGGUUUUCCACCCAUUGGACGACCAACAUUUCACACUCGCGGUAGCAAUCGCACUUCAAUUGGCGGACGUGGGAAGAAAACACCAAUGAAGGCAACUGCAAAAAAGAGGACAACCACCAAGAAAAACAAAGAGAAUGAGAAAAAGGACACCAAAGGUCGUGGUGUUUCCGUCGAAGGUCUCAUGGAUGGAUACGCUGAUUCCAUCUCUGCUAUCAGUGCAACUAAAGAAGCCAUAUCAGUGCCUGGCCAGUUUGAUGAUGCUGUGGAGAACGGUAAGCCCAUAGAAAAAGGUCAGGGUGAUGCACCGUUGCCUGCCUCUGUCGUUGCAGAGAAUUAAGUAACUUAACACAGCAUCAAAUUGACAUUAACACUCUCGGAUGUGACUCAAGACUGCAACAAAUCUAAUUGUAAUGUGAAUCGAGACAUUGUGCAACAGGAAUAUUUGAAAACCAGUCAAUAAUUUAACUUCAUAUGAUUUGAAUUAUUCGUGAUAUUCUUUUAAUUUCUAUUUUUCUCAAUUAAUUCUUGCGUAUUGUCUUUCUAUUUAUGUUAGAGAAAGAAGAUAUUUUUUUACUUCUAAAUUUGUUUCCUCUUGAAUGUAUCAAUUCCAAAUAUUUCUGUAUCACACGAGACGCGAAGAUAAAUGUAGAGCAUAGAAAACAGACUUGAUAAGGAAGUAUACGAACGAUCUUAAAUGUUGGAUUGCACAAUAGCUCGAUUGCACGUAAAGCUCUGGUGGGGCCAAACUAUUAACUAUUAUAGGUAAAGGCAACUUGAUCCACGCCAACAGAGUAUUUAAUGUGGCGUGACCAAAAAAAAAGAUAAAGAUAAAGAAAAUAACCCGUUUUUGACUUACACAAUACGAUGUCCUCACUGCCAAAAAAAUAUACCACACUCUGUAAGAUAGUAGAAAAGUCGUGCUUGUGUUGACGGGCAAGUUUGCUCGUGCUACCAUUGUGAGGUUGAACUCUCGACUGAUUAGUGUACGCGUGCGCUAAUUUUACUAACCAGAACAAGUCGUCAACUGCUAAAGUAUUUAAUUCAUAAGGAGCGUGAUUAUUUUUUUUACAAUGAAAAUAUAUAUUUUCCGGUAUUAUAUGAAAUGCUCGCUUUGAUAAUCUCAGUAACCUGUUCCUCGACGGAUUGAUAGGCUGCAUUAGGCUAGCGCAGUUAACUUGCGCAGAUGACCGUAGGAACAGGCUACUGGGCUAACACUUAGCGUAUGGAGACUGAUGCUUUUCAUAUAGGUAAAAUAUAUAUUUAUAUAUGAUUUAGGCUAGGGUUCCCGUAGGUGUACUAUACGUAAGUUUUGUGUGAAUGGAAGUCGUGAUUGCGAAUAUCUGCGUGUAGUCGCAAGGAUUGUGCAUAUAUUAUUUAUGAUAGAGACUUGGUUACGAGAAUGAUGUACAUACAUAAUGCGAUGUAGUAUUACAGAUUUAUAUAUAUAUAUAUACAGAGCAUUACAUAGAUAUAUAUAUAUAUAUAUAUAUAUACAUAUAUAUAUAAAUAGAAAGACAUAUAUUUAUUUGCCGUUGUGUCUGAUGAACGUAUGCAUGAAUGGGUAGUUUGAACUGGGAGCUUAGAAAUGGCAAUCUUUGUAUUAAAAAUUAACAGAUAGAAGUCUGUUCUAACUGUGCAUACCUCGUAAAAUGUCUUCAUAGACUUGCAUUUAAAUAAUACUCUUCCCACGCUGCACAAAUAUGCUACAGCUUGUUGGUGAAUGAUAAAAAUGAUAAAUUUUCAUGAAUUUUUCUUUACUACUUUUACAUCAAUGCAAAGAAAGAGCUUUUUUGAAUAAUUUCAUUUCAUCGUUUUUUUUUUUUUCAAUCUGACUCUUGCUGGUUAUUCGUUUGAUCUUGAUUUUCGUACAUGAUUGUUUUUGUGGAGUUUAAGAAAUUGUUCCCAAUGCGUAAUGGUAGAUUUUGUUGUUCAAUUAACACUUUUGGUAUUUUUGUUUGAGUUUUCAGUUCAAUGAGGAACGCCAACAAUUUGUAGCACAUUCGAGGCUAUGCCAGUCUGUUUGGAAUUAAUUGUACAUAUAGUUUGUUAUGUUAUAGCAACAGCGUGAUUGAUGGUCUGUAUAUAGAAAAAAAGGAGAGAUGUGGCUGCAUCGUGCUACUAUUACCGACACGGUGUUUUGAGAACGGUUACUUUAAAAAUCCUAUUUAUGUGUAGAGUAGUUUGAAGGAACUUUCUACUAUGGUUGCUGCAGUUUAUUGAGGCGAGGCGUAAUUUUUACCGAUAUAUAAAUUGCGGAAUAAUGGAAAAACAUGAGAGGAGAGAAAAUGAUUAAUAAGAAACACGACAGCACGACAAACACGAUUAACUAAAUAACUAUUGGAUGUGUGGCAGAUAAAUGGUGGCUAAGCGCAGAGGUGAUUUAAAGUGAAUGAAGGAAAGAGAAAAAGACAGAGAGAGAAAGAGAACCAUUUAUUGAGAUAUUAUAAUGAGAGAUGAUAAGAUGUUAUAUUUUUGUAGAUUUGUUAUUGCGUAAAAUGCAUUAAGACAAUGAGAAACUUUAUAAAAACUUGGGUAAAAUAACAGUUAGCGUACCCGAAAGUUGUGAUGGGAAUGAGAGCUCGUGACUUAUGCCAAAUGCAUUAAUUCAGAAUUCAAAUUACGUAUGCCAGAUGGAUUAACUAUAAUCCAACAUUGUCAAUCGUUGUGAAACUAUUGCAUUCGUUUGGUUAUCGAUGCUCUUCAGUAGUGGGACGCACGUGGAAACGAUUAAGAACGUGUAAACGCGAAAGAGACGGAAUGAGAAUGAACGAAGGAACAGUGUGAAGGAGAGAGAAAGAGAAAUUGUAACUUAAUUGUCAGCUUCGUUGAGCGCAGAGCAUAUCCUGGAUAGCGUUUUCAGGAUUUUCGAAUGCAAUUCAAUUUUGUGGGACGUUUAAUGCCCUUUUGAGAACUUACUGAACUACGUCAACAUUACAGAGCGUUAUGAACUUUUGAGGUUUGAAAACUUGCUGUUAGCAUGAAUUAUUUAACGAGUACGAUGAUAAUGAUAUCAUUGCCACGAUAGCUAUGUUCAAUUUUCUUUUAUUUUCGAACUUCGAGAUACAGAGCGAAAAAAGUUCGUAAUUUGAUAAUCGACCGCACCCGACGCAAGAAAACUUUUAACUAAUACGAACGAUUUUGAGAGUCAAUGCCACUUUACGCUUUCGUAAAGAUAGAUAAUGAUUUUCUUUAUGAGAAAUCAAACUCUUCGAACAAUUAUAUAAAGUGUAUCGUCACGAUGAUCUACACUAGCAUAAUCAGUCAACGCUGCACUGACAAGAGUGUGCAUAAAGUUAAUAACGUAAAUGAAUUUCAAGUGUAGUAAAAUGUGUGAUCAAGGUGAGAGAGGAGAAAAAUAGAAAUCCAUAAUUAAAACAGAGAGACACACUGAAACUGAAAUGUUCUAACAAGGAAACUUGAGUAAAAGAAGUUUUGAUAGAAAACAAAAAAAAAAGUAUCAUGAUCGACGUUAAGAACAGGUGCGUUAAUUUCGUACCUGCUUUUCGUUGGAUGCGUAGAUUAGGGGCCCACUCAACUUGUCUGUGACUCGUUAUUACUAUAAACAGUAAAGGUAAUCCUAUUGUAUUUGUAACGUAACCAUCUGUAAUAAUCUUCGUACAUUGUGUAUUACGAUAUCGAAAAAUUAUUCGUACCAAGAAGUAAAACUUAUCCUCGGAUAAAUACACACCGUUAAGGCAAAUAUGUGUGGAUUAAAAGAAAUAAUAAUUGAAAGGACAUAGUUCUUCGCAGCUUAUUGCCAUUGCCCGUUGGUGUAAGGCGGAAAAGUAUCAUCAGAUUUUUUGACAACCAAGCGCGUCAUCAUCUCAAUGAUGCCUCGUUCAAAUACACCUGUCGAGUUAUUUGAACAUAAUUUUUUGUAUCUUAAUUGCUUCCUUGUAUUCGAAACGGUCUCUGAGUCGUUUCAUUUGUUGAUUUUGAUUUUUGCCACUGUAGACUCUUAGUUUAUUGUCGAAAAAAAUUGAUAAACGUUAAGAAAAAGAAUCAUUUAAUUUCAUAACUUUGAUUUGAAUGAUUACCAAAAAAAGAAAAUAUAUAAUGGGAGGAACAUGAGGUACUUUAUGGUUUUCAUGUAUUCCAAACAAUCUAUGUGAAAAUAGUGGAUUAUAUAGUUUGGAUACAUUCCUUAUUUUCUUUUCUGCUUUAGCUUCGAAUAAGUAGAAUUGCAAUUUACAAAUAGCCGUUUUGAUUAAUGGCUAUGAAAUGAACUUUGAGUUAUUUACACUCAACAAUUAAAUUGUAAGUUUUUGUUGUACCAUAGUUUCGCUUGUAUACGUACAUAAUGAAUAUAAUAAAAUAUAAUAGCAUUCACGAUAUACUAAUAAAGUAAAUGGGGAAAAAAAUGAAUUUAAACACUAUCGAUGUAGCUGAAGAAAAAUAAACUCAAGUGGGCCCCUUUAUUUAUAUAUUCUUAUUAAAUAUUACAUAACAUAUAUUCUGCUAUUAUUUCUCAUAGCUAAAAAUGGAAGAGUACAUGCAUACAUCGUGUAAUUUUAUGUGUUUGCCAAUGAAUUAAUAUGUUUACUUUUGUUUAAUAUUUUUUUCUUCUCUUCUAUCGAAAAUGAAUCAUUUUGAAUAUUAUUAGAGAGCGCGGUUAACGCUGUGCCACUUUCCUAAAAAGGAUAACAAAAGAAAAAUCAGAAAAGAAACCAAAAAUAUAAAUCUUUAUGCUUUUUGAUUGCCAUUCGAUUUGCAAUAAUUUGCUUUUCCACUUAUUGGCUAAAUACUUUAUUUCCACUGGAUCCCAUGCACUAAGAUAUUGUUGAUAUUAUGUAAUUUGAUCUAUCUGAGUCGACGACAUUAUUCCUAAGAAUGUAGAAUUUCCAGGCCAAAAAUAUCAUAUACUGUAUAACGUUGGGUAACCAUUUGGACAUUUUGAUAAAAGGUACAGUUCAAUUAUACUAUAGAAGAAAAACGAGUGUCAGAUACGAGACAUUUGUCUGCAUCUUGCAAAAAUAAUCUGUGUUUACGAUGAUGGUUAAUUUAUUUUAGAGCAUUGGUAAAUUGCAAGGCCGAUGUAAAACUAAUGAAUUAACCCGAAUUGGAAAAUUAAUGUUGUGAUAGUUUUGGAUGAGAAAAGUAUCCUUGUUGUGGGAACUUUAGAGUCGACUCAUAUGGUCAUCGCAUUUAUAUCGCAAUUUGCAUCAAUGUAUUCUCGUUGAAUUAUUCUACCUUGUAACUUACUGUUGUAAAGCGUGUAUCCGUUCAUGCCUAGUGUCAAGCAGAGCUGAUUCUAUGCUUCCAUAGCUUGGAGAUGUUAACAAUAUGCUAAAGACUCUGAACGCCUCUUAAUUUUCGGAUUAUAAUUUUGGAGUAAACUAUCAAUCAGUCAAUCACAGGUUGAAGAAUGAGAAUCAGUGUUAGCGAAAACACCAGGCAGCGAAAAAUGAAAGAAAAGGGAAAAAAUGUUAUUCUAAAAAAUUAACAUCACAUUCAAUUAUCCCUAAAUGCAGGUUACAUAUUUGGAUUCGUAGAGGAUAAAUAAUAUUGUAAACGUAGUGGCAACUCUAUAAUAACUACAAGGAAAACAAUAUAUUCCAUGAUUAUUCAAAAUAAUAAAUGCAAAACGCACUUUAAUGGAUGUUGUAACAAUUUAGACGUAUUCGAAUUACAUUAAUAUUCGCUGUAAAUCUGAUUGUUGGAAUCAGCUGCUCUGCUUCUCCGUGUACAACUUUAUAGUUUCUAUAUGACGGACAAAUAGAUAUUGGAUUGGAAACACCUCGAACUUGUUGAAUUACAAUUGAUCAGUUAUCACAAAAAUAAUUUCAAAGUGGCAGAGUAGUCAAUCCAAUGGCAGAUAUUUUAAGUUGAUUUCGUUUUAAGAUAUUAAUUUUAAUUUUUCUUAUCUAUCGUAAUUACACACACACACAUACAAAAUGGAACGAUAAGAAGCGUAGAUCCUCUCUGUUGGGCUCAAAGAAGCUAAACACGACAAUGCUAUGUUGAAUUAACAUGAUACCAAACAUUUGAAACCUUUUAAGGAAGUUCUCAGCAGGAGAGGUUCUUGGAUGUGGUUGGCUGACAUUUUCGGAAGUUUAAUGAUUUAUUGAAACGUGUUGUCAUGUCUUAAAUACAAUUAAAACAAAAUUAUGAAAAACCCAA